CAUGUGCCGAUGUGCGCACCGCCUCCGAAUGCUGGAACGGGUAUUCCUCUUCUCGCCGCCGUCCUCCGCUCCGGUGAGGGUCGCUACCGCUUUCCGGAUGCGCUUCCUACUCGUUACUGACAGAGGGUACUGGGAUUCCCUUUGCAACAACCUCGCAGCCCAUGGGAAGAGUAGACAUAUCUGUAUAAGGAUCCACCAGGUACCAGAGCUGGCUUGCAUUGUUAAUGAGGCUUCGGCAAGAGCUUGGGCCUGCAAUAUCAUCUUGGUUUGUUGCUUCUCUUGAGCAUCCUACAAGUACUGAGACAGGAUUCACUACAGGAGCCAAGAACUGGAUGAUCAAGGAUGGUGUCAUGCCCAGAGCAUGAUAAUUGCAUCCCAGGUGUGCCACAGGAUGGAGGGUGGCUUGGAAGCCGAAAGGGGAACCGGAUCUCUGGUCCAUGCUUGUGGCAUCGAUGCGAUGGGCAAGAUUUGCGGAAGUCAUCAUCUUCCUUCGAUGUGGCAGCAUAGGAUGCAUAGUUGAGAAGCAAAAGCAGCAGCACUGCCAGAAGAAAUUUAUGCGAGUUCAUGGGGGAUGUGUUCGGAGAUGAAGGUGGGCGAGGAGAAGGUUGCAAGUGCUUCAGAAUGAGCACCUAUCUCUAUUUGCUUUAACCUCUCGGGAGGAGAGAUUAUGUGAAUGUCAUGACCGCUACGCGGUGGCAAGGAAUUCCUGCUGCCAAUAUUGCUUUACCAGGAAGUUUCCUUUCUUCUUCAGUCUUAUUCCUCCCUUCUCGAAUAUUAUAUUUAUCUUCUGUUAGUAUUAUUUUGACUGCUUUGUGCACGCCUAACGACCUGGCUUUUAUUUUCCUAGUCAAGUCACUAUAAGACUUUUUAAUUUCGGAUAAGGCUUGUGAUUGCCGUGUUUCAACUGAAAGAUAACCUUUUUUUUUCUUACUCUUUCGGACUUUCGGUUGCGUGAAAGACCCAUGCGAACCAAAAAAGAGAAGACACAAAAGAAGAAAGACUCAAGUCAGUGGCAUCACAAUCAUGAAGUGUGAUUCUCUUGCUCAAAUAGCUGUUACGUGGAAGGUGCAUACGAACCAAAAGACAGACAAAAGAAGAUAGACUACCAAGUCAGUGGCAUCACAAUCAUGUAGGGCCAAUUGAAGUGCGAUUUUCUUUCUCAAAAACAGUCAUGUGCGAUUUUCUUUCUCAAAAACAGUGAAGAUGCUCAGGCUGUAUGCGACUCUGGGUGACUCUUGUCUUCCACACAUCGCCACGCCACUGAUUGGCUCGCGAUUAUGUGAUUCGUGAACCUUCUUGCCAUGGGGAUGUCUGCAGCGUCUCAUCUCUGUGCUUCUUCGUCCCUGCGAGCUUUAACCGUGUUGUUUGUGUUGGCAGCUUUUGUUUCAGAUGUAGAGGGGCGACAUCGUCGUCAUGUCUGUCCUCCUUAUUUCUCCUGCGGUGGUUUAAGCAAUAUAUCGUAUCCAUUUCGUCGGCAAGGUGAUCCAUCUGGGUGCGGUGUCCAAUCGUAUGAGCUGGUUUGCACGGAUACAGAUGCUACAAUUCGCAUCGGCAGUGGAACAUACAAGGUGCUUAGCAUCAACUCCACAUAUUCUUACUUCUGGGUUGUUGAUGCCGACCUGGACAUCCAGAGCAGUUGCCCCCUUCCCCGGUGGGAUUACCCUGCUCGUUGGAUCAAUCGCAACUCACAUCGUUGGAGGAUUGAGUUCAGCCAUUAUUAUCUCUAUUCUUCUUUUUAUACUGUUUCGAGGUGGGCUAUCUUUGUGAAUUGUUCUCAGCCAAUAGAGAACAAUGAUAUAUGUAAUAAUAUAUAUGAUGACGAUGUGUAUGGGCCGGUGUCUUGCUUGAGCAAUUCUUCUUUCAUCUACUUGCUGGUAACUGACAACUGGGAUGUUAUUUCUGCUGGGGAUCUGGAGCCUUCAUGCGGUUACCUAGCCAAGACUCCUUUGGGUGGUCCAGGCAUGACGGUGCCCUCGAAUACAAGCUAUCCAGAUGUUGUUAAGUUCAUGAGGAAUGGAUUUGCCCUUGGAUUUCCUUUUUCGAUUAGAUCUUACCCCACCAUCAGAGAAUGUCUCGCAGAGAAUAUGCGUACUUUCCAUAAAGAACCAAGAAAUAGUACAGGCAUCAGGCAACAGAUCUUGGACAUUCUUACGUUCGAGACAUUAUGGUUUUGUGUUAUUGAACAACUUGGAUCAACUAAUAAUGGUGUCAAAUCUGUUCUCAUCGACAUCAUCCAACAAAUACCAUAUGUUCUUUCCAGUCUGAAAUCUGCACAUGUUAUUUGCAGGUUCGUAUUGAUGCCGCUGGCAGUAUUUGUCUUCCUAGCCUAUAAAUACUGGAAAACACAGAUAACAAUAGAUGCAGUUGAGAAGUUCCUGCGAAUGCAGAAUAUGCUCGUUCCGAUGAGAUAUGCAUACACAAACAUCAUUGCUAUCACCGGCCAUUUCAGAGACAAGCUCGGACAAGGAGGCUACGGUACUGUAUACAAGGGAGUGCUACUGCCAGGUGAAAUUCAUGUUGCUGUCAAGAUGCUAGGCAACUCCAACUGUAACGGAGAAGAGUUCAUCAGUGAGGUCGCCACCAUUGGCAAGAUCCACCAUGUCAAUGUUGUGCGCCUCAUUGGGUUUUGCUCCGAGGAAAAUAUUAGGGCACUUAUCUAUGAGUUCAUGCCCCGUGGAUCUCUCGAUAAGUACAUCUUCUCGUCGGAGAAGACAUUCUCAUGGGACAAACUCAACGAGAUCGCUCUGGGCAUUGCUAGAGGUCUUAACUACUUGCAUCACGGGUGUGAUAUGCAGAUUGUACACUUUGACAUCAAGCCACACAACAUCCUUCUUGAUAGCAACUUUGUUCCAAAAGUUGCUGAUUUUGGGCUAGCCAAACUGUUCCCAAGAGAUGACAGUUUCGUGCCACUGAGCGCUAUGCGGGGAACGAUAGGUUAUAUAGCUCCAGAGAUGGUAUCUCGAAGCUUUGGUAUCAUCUCUAGCAAAUCCGAUGUGUACAGCUUUGGGAUGCUACUAUUGGAGAUGACGGGCGGGCGAAGAAACGCAGAUCCUCAUGCAGGAAGCUCCAGUCAAGCAUACUACCCAUCCUUGGUGUACAGGCAGCUGAGCCAAGGUGAUGCGAACAGGAUCAGUGAAGGUGUUGAUAUGCACGAGUUAGAGAAGAAGCUAUGUAUCAUUGGGCUUUGGUGCAUCCAGAUGAAGCCGCAAGAUCGGCCGACGAUGAGCGAAGUCAUAGAGAUGCUUGAAGCUGGUGUCGAUGGCAUCCAAAUGCCUCCAAGGCCAUACUUUUGUGAUGAAGAGGGUGACAGUUCUUACUCUACAAUCUCUGAACUCGAUACAAUAGAAGAGUAGUAGUGGUAGUAAAAUGCACUUGUGUCUAUGUGCUCUUAAUGUAUCAGACUAUUAAGAUUGCAAGGUUGCCAUAAGCUAAGGUACUGGUUGUAUACUUUUAUUGAGAGUGUGAUAAUGUGAUAUCAUAUAAAAUACCUC